AUGCCUUUCGGUAACACCCACAACAAGCUGAAGAUGAACUACUCCGUGGAGCAGGAGUACUCCGACCUGAGCCAGCAUAACAACCUACGGGACAAGGACUCUCCAAGUGGAUUUACAGUGAAUGAUGUCAUUCAAACUCGGGUUGAUAACCCAGAGGUGAUUAUGGACUUUUUGGAGAACCUGAAGGAAAAUCGCUUGGUGGAGGCUUGCCAGCAGUUGCUCUUGCGAGAGGACAAGCUAUUUGGCCAAGAAACCAUGACGGUAGAGGGAUUGGUUCAGGUUUGCAACGAAGACGAUAAAGACACGCUCCAAAAAGACUAUGAAACCCUGCUGCUCCACUUAUGGAUGGCAGUUCACACCACCUUUAGUUCCACACCCUCAGGAGAACGCCUAGAGAUACUUCGGAGUGCGGUGGAAACCAUAACGCUGCUGGAAGAGAAGGACCAGCAAUGGGAAGGGCGGCCAGAGGGCAGCAGCGAGGCCCCCGUGUGGCGGCCACACCAGUGCCGGCACACCCACGACACCCUGCUUGAAAAAAUGGUGGAUUCUCAAAUGAGGAAUGCGACAUUGGAAGAGGACAAUAUUAGCGUUAGCAGUGUGGACAACCUGUCAACGUCCAUGAAAAGGGAGGUAUGUAGGAUGGGCAAGCGUCUGAAGGAGGACGUCCUCAGAGUGGCCAGGGACAUAAGGGACUGCUACCCCCCAGACUUUGACGUGUGCAACUUGUAUGUGAGACUUUACCAUCAGAAGUUCUCAGCAAGGUUAACAGAACUGGCCCGCUCUGGGCUCGAUGUGGAUGACUGUAACUACCUCCUCUGCUGGGUGAACAAUUACUAUCCAAAUGACAUCUUAAAACACAAAGACCUUGAGGGGCACAUCAACAUGGAGUCUUUGGGAACUCUUUUAUCUGAGAAGGAUCUCACAACAUUGGAGGAGCAGUAUCUACUACAAAAAGAGAGUAGAGUCAGGACCUGGUUCUCCAAGGCUCUCAGUAAGGAGGAGGAGGGUUGGCUCAGUGGAAAGAGUCCAGAACUCAUUGACGGGUACUGCUUCUGUCCUCUGGCCAUUGACAUCAUACAGGCUGUUGAUGGGGCCAUGAGAGAGGCCAGGACUAUUCUGGGCAGUGAGGCUAAAGCCCAGAGAAUCCUUUGUCAGCUGGACAGCUUCUUGAUGAGGUAG